AUGUCCCGCAAUGCACAAGUCGAGGAGGUCUCUGACUCCGACCCUGAGGAGGUGGCCCCCUCCGAUUUGAACCCCUCGAUCCUCUCCGCCGCAGGCAUUCCGACAUCGAGCACCACGUCCAUGCCCAUGAGACCGGCCCCGGAACCGCGUCGUGAGAUCCCGAAAUAUUAUCAAUGUCUGUAUCCCGUGUAUUUCGACAAGUCGCGAUCCCGCGCCGAGGGUCGCAAGGUCGGUGCAGAGUUGGCCGUGGAGAAUCCGUUGGCCAGAGACAUUCUUGAUGCUACGCAAAUGCUGGGAUUGACUGCGGGGUUCGAGCCGGAAAAGCUGCACCCCAAGGACUGGGCGAACCCGGGAAGGGUCCGUGUGAUGCUGAAGAAUGAGAAUGGGCAGUCGGUGAAUCCGAAGAUCAAGAACAAGCAUCAUCUGUACAUUCUGGUGGCCCAGUAUCUGAAAGCGCACCCGACAACUGAGCAAUCGCCCUACCGACUGCGGAUUCAAGGUCUCCCCAUGCCCGAGAAACUACCGCCCGCUCCCUCUGCCCCCCGUGGCUGGAAGAUUGGACAGAUUCUGCCUAUCCAUUCCCCGGCAUAUAGUGGCGGCGGUGUUAGCGACAACCCGCUGAAGGACGCCAUGGCGGAGAUGCAGAACAUGGGUGGGAUGCCGGGCAUGCCCCAGAUUCCUGGCAUGCCCGAUAUGUCCGCGAUGAUGGGUGGACCCUCAGGCGGUGCAAGCGAGAAGAAAAAGAAGGACAAGAAGAAGGGCAAGGCAUAA